CCGUCUACGGUGGCAGAUUCAUCUGCAUCCGUUGACUGUAAUUAGAAAUGAAAAUUGUGGAUACAGUGGCCAUAGCCCAUGCUCUCGCACUUGCUGCUUACGCUGAUGCCGCUUCUGCUUCCCAAUCUUCUUCCCAGCAAACAUUCUCAUCCUCCACGACUGGGGGUCGCGCCGCUUUUCAGUGGGGUGGAACCAUAUCUGCCACAUUUUUGUUAAUCUUGAAUCAAGUAGGGCGGAGAUCAUCCAUCCAAAGUUCCCUUUUGGUCCUCUUUCUUCUAACGAGUUUCCCUGCAGUGCUGUUUAACAUUGUUAGGGGGCAAAUUGGACGUUGGUUUGCAUUUCUUGCCGUUGCAGCAAAUCUCUUCUUCCCUCGGAAGUUUCCAGUUGCUGGUUUUAUCCUAUUGGUGGCCACUCCUGACUGGCUGGCUAAUGGACUGCGUGAUAGUAUUGUGGGUGGUGUGUUUUGUCUCCUACUGGGAGUGUGUCUUGUGAUAACAGAGAUUCGAGGAAUUGGAGGAUGCAGCAGAUGUGAAUGUAAUUUACUCUGCUUUGGUUUUUCUGUUUGUAUCUCUUUCCUCUUCUUCUUUACAAUAUUGUAUUUAUGUUUGGGAUCUUGGUAGGGAUGGAGUUUCUCUAGGGUGAUGCUUUGGGCUUCCAACUUCCAGCUCUUUAUUGGGUUCUAUACUUCUAUAUUGAGAAUUUUAAUUCCAUCCAUCAGUUUCUCUGCAAA